GCACUGCAUUUCUUCCAUGGCAGCUGUUCGUUGCGCUGUACUUUUGGCCGUCUUUCUACUGAACGUAAUAGAAACUGCAUACUCAGAACCAUUCAUAGGUAUAAACUAUGGGCAAGUCGCGGACAAUCUCCCGGAACCAUCAGCCACUGCAAAGCUAAUACAAACCUCUGCAAUUGAGAAGGUCCGGUUGUUCGGGGCCGACCCAGCCAUCAUCAAAGCCUUUGCAAACACCGGUGUAGGAAUUGUCAUCGCAACUUCAAACGCUGACGUUCCAGCAUUAGCUUCCGAUCCUAAUUUUGCUAAAACCUGGAUCAACACGAAUGUAGUUCCCUUCUAUCCAGCCAGCAAUAUCAUCGUCAUAAAUGUGGGUAACGAGGUUACUCUAUCUGGUGACCAAAAUCUGGUCGCUAAGCUUUUGCCAGCGAUGCAGAACAUCCAGAAUGCCCUCAAUUCUGUCUCUUUAGGUGGUAAAAUUAAGGUUUCCACCGUUCAUGCUAUGACUUUGCUAGCACAAUCUGAACCGCCCUCUUCAGGAGUCUUUGAUGCAAAAUAUGUUGACGUUUUGAAAGGAUUGCUCGCGUUUAAUAAUGCCACCGGUUCGCCUUUUGCAAUUAAUCCAUACCCGUACUUCGCUUCCAUGGGUGAUACUAGACCUGAGACGAAACCUUUUUGUUUGUUUCAGCCCAAUAAAGGGCGAUUCGAUUCAAACACCAACAUUAAUUACAUGAACAUGUUUGAUGCUCAGGUGGAUGCAGUACGUUCUGCGUUGAAUGCCCUGGGUUUUAAGAAUGUUGAGAUUGUGGUUGCUGAGACUGGAUGGCCGUCCAAAGGAGACAGCAAUGAACCAGAGGCAAAUGUUGAGAAUGCCAAGGCUUAUAACGGUGGUUUGAUUUCACAUCUCCGAUCCAAGGUGGGGACUCCAUUGAUGCCUGGGAAAUCAGUGGAUACUUAUUUAUUCGCAAUGUACGAUGAGAACUUGAAACCAGGGCCUCUUUCCGAGAAAUCAUUUGGACUGUUCAAGCCUGAUCUCACCAUGACUUAUGACGUUGGCCUUGCAAAGACUGGAGACAAGAGCCCAGAGUCUCCACCAAAUAACACCAACAAUUCACCAAUGUGGUGCGUGCCCAAGGAUGGAAUACCUGAUGCCAAAUUGCAGGAGAAUCUUGAUUUUGCUUGUGGACAAGGGAUUGAUUGUAAAGAGAUUGGACCAGGUGGUGCUUGCUUUGAACCUAACACAGUAGCAUCACAUGCUGCAUAUGCCAUGAAUCUAUUCUAUCAAAAAUCUGAAAAAAAUCCAUCCAGCUGUGAAUUCUCACAAACAGCCACCCUUUCCUCAAAAAAUCCAAGCUAUGGUGGUUGUACUUAUCCUCAGAGUUCCUAAAGACAGAGUACCUCUGUUCUGUUGAAUGGUUGGCUGCGAGCAAAUGUUUGUGUUUGUACUUUGUACAUGUAUUAUAUGGCAUGUGAUAUAAGAUUGACGGUGGAGUGUAUGAGAUGGAUAUAAACAUGUAUUUAUUGGCAUGUAAUUUUAGUUUUUGGCUGGAAUGGAUGAGAGUGAGAUUGGUUUGUUUAAUGAAUUUGUGCUUCAAAUCUUCA